AUGCAGGGAAAGACCCUCGAGGAUCCGCUGCGGGAGGUGUCCGCGCUGCAGUACCUUCCCAGCCACCCGAACGUCCUUACUUGCACCGAGGCGCUCUUGGACGAGAACAGCAUUUAUAUACUGAUGCCGUUCUACAGCGGAGGCGAGGUUUUCGACGUGCUGAUGGACAGCGGCCGAUUUGAAGAGGACGAGGCGCGACUGCUGCUCCGCCAGGUGCUGACCGGACUACUUCACCUCAAGAGACACGGAGUCUGCCACCGGGAUGUGAGCCUGGAAAACCUCAUGUUGACCGACGAGGGUGUGUUAAAGCUUGUUGACUUUGGGCUGGCAUUGCGUAUCCCCCAGAACGAGGACGGCAGCGCAAGGACUAUUCCGCCCCAGGGGGCGUGCGGGAAGCCGCACUACAUUGCUCCCGAGGUCUUGGCAAGCAGCUCGAAGAGCGGAUUUGACGGGUUCGCGGUGGAUGUGUGGGCUUGUGGCAUCCUUCUCUUCGUCAUGCUGACGGGCGUUGCCCCAUUUGAGGUGGCUCUUCCUUUCCACGAUGAGCGACUCCACACUGUUGCUGUGAACGAGAACCUCGCGGAACUUCUGUCGACGUGGAAUAUCUCGUUGUCACCAGAGGCGACUGAUUUGAUUCAGUCGUGCCUGCUGUUCGCCCCGGAAAGGCGCCCCAGCCUCGAGGCGCUUGCCAACCACGAUUGGUUCAACGCGUGAAUCAGGCUGAUGGUUGCCGUCCGUUGUACUUAUGUGUGUUCCUGGCCGUGACCGAUCCCACCUGCUCCACUUCAGACCCAGGCGCUAAUUGAGGGUGACCCGGACGCAACCGGGCGACUAUUUCGUAGACAUAUGCUUUGUAUUGUUGCGUGUGCUAAUGCUACUGAUGUUGUAGGGCAUGAUGAAGGAAAGGGUGGUGUAUACGUUGGUGUGGGGGGACAAGUGUGUUUGACGCCCGGCGUGAAGAAUGAGUCAAAAACCCCGGUUGUGCGCUUAUGAGACAAAAAUAGUUAUCGAAAAUAUGGUUACUUUACGAGUGCGUGUCGACGGGGGUCUGUUCGUGCCAAUUUUGGCGAGGUUUUGUUUCCUAUUUCACCUCUUGCAUGGUGAACGGGUACUAAGAUCAACGUUGCCGGUGGAUCUUUGUAUGUACGAGUGUUUAGGGAGGUGCAGGUUGUUUGUUUUCAAGGGGAGGUGGAAUUCGUUCCUGCUGAACCACGUUUUUGUAUUAUUUCACUGAGCACCGUCAAGACCAGUGGGCAAAAAAAUCGUGAUGACUCGAGUGGCGCUGCUUUGGCCUUUGAUUGUUUUGUUUGUUUGGUAUUUUUCUUCGUCUCGCAUGUCAAGCGUGAGCGAUGGGCUCUAUCUGUACAUCUCCUUUGUCGAACAGUCGCUCGCGACAUCUCGCUGUCUGGGGCCUUGUGUUCGUUUUUGAUUUGAUUUUUUGUGGUGUUGACAUACUUUUUAUCGGCUGUUGAAGUGCGCACAUAUCCUCUAGUGGGUAGUUGGCCCGUGACCACAGUAGGUAUCCGCGCCGGUUCGGACAUUAGAAGGUACUGAUCAGAGAUCGAAAGG